AUGCCAACUUGCCCACUUGCCCACUUGCCCACUGGCUCAGUUGCUGAAAACGCCCAGCGCAAGUUUACAUGCAUCUACACGGACCGAGACCCAAGCUCUCCAAGCGAAGACAGGCCACCCACUAAGAGGCGCGUAGUCGAGACUACUGGCGACGCCCGAAGUCCACUUGCGAAAGAUAACUCUGCAUCAAACACACCCACAAACUGCCAGGCACAGCCCUCGCCUCUAUUAUCCCUACACCGACGGAGAUCCUCCGUCUCCCAUCAGCCCCCCCUGACAUCACAUGGCCUGAGUUUGGAGCAAGAAGCACCACCCUAUGCAGCCCCUGCUUCCCGGCCCACGAUUGACCAUGGGAACACCUCAGUGACUCAAUUGCCAGCGAAUCAUGGCAGUGAAGGUACCGGGCGUGCCGUGUCACUUGCCAAUACCACGCAUGACGGCGGAGAUGAUGUCGCAGAGUUUCCGAGCCAGAGUCGGAUGCUGCAAGACCCCACUGGCCGCGUGUUGUACAUUGGCGACGCGGCUACACUAUCUUUUCUUCAGCUCCUGCGGAUGAUGGUGGAGACCGUAGCCGGUCCUUCUCCAUUUACCACUGACCCUCGCCGACACAAGAUAGUCGAAGGUCAAUUCUCGCUGCCACAUGGCUACCAGCACACCCAUCUCCUGCCCGACGAGCGAACGGCCCGCGUGCUGGUCGAGGCAUUCUUCGUCAACACUCAUGGCCUGCUGCAGGUCUUCAACCGCGACCGUUUCUUUGAGAGCCUAGAGCAAUGCUAUUCGGAUCCACUCUCGGCCAGCCCGUCAUGGCUGUGCCUGCUCUAUCUGGUAUUUGCUAUUGGCUUGACCAUGGCGACGCCGCUGUCUGGAAGUCCAGAGGCACUCAUUAUUGACAAGCUUCGGAGCGAGCAUCUCGACCGAGCGGAAGCAUUCUACCUGAAUGCCAAGAGUUUGAACGACCCCAUGACUGGAUUAGAAGAUCAAGACUUCUGGUCCGUUCAGGCCUUGCUGCUCAUGUCGGUUUACAUGCUGGCCAAGUCGAAGCGAAACACUGCCUUUGCCUUGCUGGGCAUGGCGGUGCGAUCUGCGCUUGCACUGGGUCUCCACAGAGAGGAGACCAUGGUGAUAUUCAGCCCAGAGGAGCAGACACAGCGAAGGGACCUGUGGCGGUCACUUUUUGUCAUUGACCGUCUACUGUCAUGUUCACUGGGCCGCCCAACUGCCAUAUCCGAGGACGACUGCUCGGGCGAUAUUCUCCAGCCUCCUGACAGUGCACAAGACCAAUCCUGGAACUUCGCCUUAAAGACGGUGUAUGACUACAAUGACACUGGGCCUGCCGCGUUGGAAGCUGCCGUCCGAAGUUGCAAGGUGAUUGGCAUCAUCUUACGUAGGGUGUAUCAGAGACGCAAGAUCAGCACGCGGCUUGCGCAAGAGAUUUCAGACAUUUGUAAGGCAUGGCCACGAGCGUUGACACCCAUCCUACAGUGGCGACAGGCUGCAACAGCAUCGCCCAGCCAGGGCGUGGCUAUUCUGCACGUCAAUCUGUUUUAUUGUCAUUCCAUCAUUCUUCUGACUCGGCCGUUCUUGUUGUACAUUCUCAAUAAAGAGACACAGCGUCACGUCAAACAGCCAGGAGACAGAGGCCCUCGACCUUAUAUCCGCAUGGAACGCUUCAGCGAGGCGUGUGUCAUUGCCUCAGUGCAUACGAUUCUGCUGAUACAAAACGCUUUUGAAGCGGGCCACUUGUCGCGUCGCAACCCAGCAGUCAUUUACUUUCUGUUUGCAGCCACUCUGGUGAUUCUCGCCAGCGAUUUUGCCCGCCUCUAUCAGAUUGAUGUGACGGACAACUGCGUGGCCAAUGCCAUCAAUAUCAUGAACUAUUGCGCGGAGAGCGAUCAACAAGCAAUUCGGCUUGUAUAUAUACUCAGCACUUUCCGCGACGUAGUCACGCAACAACGCCUGCGACGCAGGGACAGCCAAACCACCAAUUCGACCCUACCGAGCAUAGCAUCACAGUUGUACGGCGCCCAUGUGCCGACGCCCCCGCCACAGCAACAGCAACAGCAACAGCAGCAAACCCCAAUGCAACAACAGCAUGUUGUCCCGAAUGUCACUGGCCUAGUCCAGAAUCCCAUGGACGGCACGCCACGCCUCCACCAAGUCCCUGUACACAUCUAUCCUGGCCUCCACACAGCACCCCUCAACGAAACGACCCCAACGCACCAGACCCAAGCCCAAGCUCCAGCCCAAUCGCAGUCCCAACUCUUGCAUGUACCCAAUCCAGGCGCAGUCCCGGUAGCCCAGCAGCCCCAAGCAAACACACUCAAUCCGCCUCAACAAGACUUUUCAGUGCACCUUUCGCCCAUCCAGGAGCCGGGGCUAGAUCUAUCAGCGAAUUCAGUACCCAUGGCUACAAAGACACCAUCGCUAUCGACGAUGCUGGAUCUCUCUGCAUUGGAAGCCACGCGGGUGCCCAGUCUGCACAGCGAGGAAAGCGGGCUGGACGAGCAGAUUGACUUUGAUACGCUAUGGGCUUGGCCCAGCAAUACGCCUGCAACGGGAAGUCCAAGGGGAGCAGACGGGGGGAAUGGAAAUGGCAAUGGAAAUGGCAAUGGAAACAAUGGUGGCGGACGAGUAAAUGAUAGGGUGCAGGGGAUAAGUGAUAGUGCUGUACCCAUGUUUGGGGUUAGUAGAGCAGGGGCGGCGCACAGAGACGGGUAG